GAGAUUAAAAAAAAGUUGGAAGGUGGAGUGGAUUUAUUCGAUGAAUACCCAUAAGAGAAGAAAAAAAGAAAAUCAUAAGAAAAACAAUGUAGUGUGAUUGAUAUUAUGUUUAUUCUUCUUAUAACAAAAUCAUGGAUUGCGACUCUGUUUAUUAGAAAAUAAAAAAGAAAGCGAAAAAGACAAGUAGAGAGAGAGGGAGAGAGAGAGAGAAGAGGAGAGGCAGCUGAAGCAAGAAGGCACCGGUAUAAUAGGAUGCGAGGAAGGUUUUUUUGGCAUUCUCUGUAACGGCGUUUUUCCCGGAUUCCCAAAAAACAAAACCCAGAAAGAAGAAAGUUGAACAAGGUGAAGAAGAGAAGCAAAAAGCGGUUUUUAGAGUGUGGAGUUUUCUCCUUAAAAACGCUUCUGUAACGGCAAUCCAAAGAGGGUGUGAGAAGAAGUGGAGUCCGGUGGAGCGUUACAGUUUUUACACUUACUCAACGGACAACACUUGUACUUCUUCUUCUUCGUCGUCUUCUUCUUGGGAAAUCCUUUAAAUCCCCCAUCAAUCUUUCAUUCUGCUUCAAAUUACAACUGGGUUUUAUGUGUCUCUAGUUUUUGAGCCAAUACUGGUUCUCCUUUGUUUUCUGUUGUUGACUUGUGGGGGUGGGAGGGGGAGCUUUAAUAAUAAUGGCUAAUCGGGGUGGAGGGUCGUUUUUACCCUCAAGUAGUACUUCGAUUCAAGGUUGGUGUGGAGAUGAACUUUAUACUGAGCUAUGGAAGGUCUCGGCUGGACCUCUUGUGGAAAUUCCUCGAGUUAAUGACAAGGUUUUAUAUUUUCCUCAAGGUCAUAUGGAACAGUUGGAGGCAUCUACAAAUCAGGAGCUAAAUCAGAAACUUCCUUUGUUUAAUCUUCCCCCCAAAAUUCUUUGUCAAGUAGUUGAUACCCGGCUGCUGGCUGAGCAGGAUUCAGAUGAGGUUUAUGCACAGAUAACUUUAAUGCCAGAAGCUAAUCAAGCGCUACCUUCAAGUUUUGAACCUCCACUGAUAGAGUGUCGAAAAACAAAAGUCCAUUCGUUUUGCAAGGUUUUAACUGCUUCUGAUACUAGCACCCAUGGAGGGUUCUCCGUGCUUCGGAAACAUGCCACAGAAUGCCUGCCUCCAUUGGAUAUGACCCAGCAGACCCCAACUCAGGAACUUGUAGCCAAAGAUCUUCAUGGUUAUGAGUGGCGAUUCAAGCAUAUAUUUAGGGGUCAACCACGAAGGCAUUUGCUGACGACCGGAUGGAGCACCUUUGUGACUUCUAAGAGACUGGUUGCUGGAGAUUCUUUUGUUUUCUUGAGGGGGGAAAAUGGAGAAUUACGAGUUGGAGUGAGGCGUCUUGCUCGCCAACAAAGCAGCAUGCCUUCUUCUGUCAUUUCGAGUCACAGCAUGCACUUAGGAGUGCUUGCUACUGCAUCUCAUGCCGUGUCGACUCAAACUCGCUUUGUUGUCUAUUAUAAGCCAAGGGCAAGCCAAUUUAUCGUCAGCUUGAGCAAGUACAUGGAAGCGAUGAACAAUAAGUUCAUGGUUGGGAUGAGGUUCAAGAUGAGGUUUGAGGGGGAGGAGUCUCCUGAGAGAAGGUUUUCGGGUACCAUAGUCGGAGUUGAUGACAUGUCUCCUCACUGGCCCAAUUCAGAAUGGCGAUCACUGAGAGUUCAAUGGGAUGAACUUGCAUCUAUUCAGAGACCUGAUAGGGUUUCACCAUGGGAGAUUGAACCUUUCGCUCCUACGUCUCCUAGCAUUCCGCACCCUAUUUCAGUAAAGAAUAAAAGGCCUCGGCCUCCACUUGAAAUUCCAGAUUCUGAUAAUUCAACUGUAACAACUCUACGACAUCCUGGAUCAACAUCACAUGAUGAUAGAACACAACUAAGUGUUUCUGCUGCUGAACUUAAAAGAUAUGAAAAUCAUGCAACAUGGCAUUACAAGCAAACAGAUGCUGGCGGCAGUGGAAAUUCUGUAUCAAGGACUGCAAUGGAGGGAUCUUGGUUAGCAUCCUCAAGUGGCUGCGUUUCUCAGCAUCGGUUACAGGAUUUGACAGAUGACCGUAAAAACAGUUCUGUUUGGUCAACGGUCUUUCCAGGACCGCUGGCAGCACACUCAACAUGUCCAACUCCACGGUCUUCAAAUCCGAAGAGUGACCAAGUACAUGACCUUGGGGAAAAGGGGAAGAAAGCUGAGGCGGCUCCAAGCUGCCGGUUGUUUGGGAUUGAGCUCAUCAAUCAUUCUAAGAGCUCAGUUCUCCCUGAAAGAGCAGCUGAUCAACCAAAUAGCACACCGAAUAGCACACCAAAUGAAAUCACUGAUGCAGAGCAGAACUCAAACCUGCCAAAGAUUUCUAAAGAAAGAAAAUUAGGACUUUUACCAUUACCUCCUAAAGAGAUCCAGCACAAGCAGAACAGCUCGACCAGCAGCCGAAGCCGUACCAAGGUCCAAAUGCAGGGGAUGGCCGUUGGACGGGCAGUGGAUCUUACCACAUUGGAGGGUUAUGGCCAGCUCAUUGAUGAAUUGGAAAAGAUGUUUGAUAUCAAGGGAGAACUUCAUCCUCGUAAUAAGUGGGAGAUUGUUUUCACCGACGACGAAGGAGAUAUGAUGCUCAUGGGCGAUUACCCCUGGCAGGAAUUCUGUAACAUGGUGAGAAGAAUAUAUAUAUGGUCAAGUCAGGAUGUGAAGAUGGGUUCGGUUAGCAAACUUGCGAGUACACUCGAAUGUGACGGGACAGUAAUAACCUCGGAGUCGGCUGACAGCUGAAGCUGGAAGUACGUUGCUUCGAAAUCUUAAAUAACAAUCUUUUGGGUGGGGAACUUGGGGUGAACGGGGGGGGGGGGGGCUGUGGGGAGAGUUCAAGUCCUUUGUUGUUUGUUAUGGGAAAAAAAAGGAAAAAAAAGGAAAAAAGGAAAAACUAGUUUCAAAUUUGAUCAAAAGAAAGAAAAAAGACCACAAAAAAAAAAAAAAAAAAAAAGAAAGAAGAAGAACACAGAACAGAGACACAUGGGAUAAUCUUUGGCUCAUUUUCUAAAAGCUUUUGGAAGAGAGAUGAAGAUUAGAAUUUGGGAAUACUUUGUUGAAAUGAAAUGAUGAGUGGGUUAGAAAAUGUAGAGGUUAUGGAGUGAGUAACCUUUGCUUCUUCUAUUUAUGUAAAUACACCCAUUUUGUCAAAUGUAAAACUUUUUAUCUUCUAGACUAUUGCUACUUUAAUUACCUAA